CUUUUCACGGCAAACCGCGUCUUUUAACGCUGUUAGCCCUUCCCUCAACAAAAUGGCAGCAAUACAACAAAAUACAGAAAAUUCCUCAUCUCGUCCUGUUUCAGCUGUGGAUAAUCAAAUUAAUAAAAAUACAAAUUCCCCAACUCCAGUUAUUGAAAGAAGGAUAGCUACAGAUGGACUUAGACGUAAAUUUAGUCUUUCAGAUUCCUCUCAGGCAACGCUAAGUGAAAGAUGCGUUGUGGUGGCUAGGCAGUCUGACGGUUUUGGCCUAACCGUAAGUGGGGAACACCCCCUUACUGUAGCUACACUAAAGCCUUAUGGAGCUGCACAAUUGGCAGGUGUCCGUGAGGGUGACAGAAUAUUAAAGGUUAACGGAAUGCUAGUCAGUUGUUCCAACUUCCAAGAAGUUAUCAAAAUGAUAUCUGGUAAUUCAUCAAUUCUUAAUAAAAUCAAAAUAAUCUAUAAGAGGCAAAAAAAAUUUUUCCGAAACUUACAUGUAAAAGAUUCUUCAAUUGUGACAUUUUGUCGCGCCAUUAGGAUUGAGACAUUUUGUCGUUUUUUAUAUUUUUUUGAAAUUCUGAUUUAUACAUAUAAAAUUGAAAAUACAAAUUCUGAAACACAUGAAACACAAACAAAAAUAAAUACAUAA